GCUCAAAUCUCAUAUAUAUCUUUCCUCUAGAUAUAUUCUGAUAAACAAUUCUCUGUUUCUUCCAUAUUCUCUCUGCCUUUCCAUUUAUAAAUUUGCAGGAAAAGUUGUUUCUGGAAAAGGAGGAAAAAAAAAAAGGAUAAAUAGAGCAACCUUUCUGCGAAAAGAAAAGAGAAAUCAGCAAUAGAGACAUUGGGUAAAAGAGAAAAUUGUGAGAGAUGUCCACGGCCUUAGCUACUAUGAGGCUCUUGUUAACAACUGCAUCCACUACUUCUCUUUUUUCUUCUUAUUCUUUAGACUUUCCCUCGAAAUCUCUUAAAACAGGAAACCCUAUUCUCAAUCAUACAUAUCUUUCCAGAAGGAAAAGCCAAUUUCUCUCCAACCCGACGUGGCUUUGUGGACAUAUAAGAAGAGAUCAGGACAUGGAUUACUGGAAAGAUCAAGAGGAGAUUAUGGCAUCCUUGUUUGAUCGUAAUGGAGAUACUGGUACCCAAAUUCCAAGUCAAGCCCAAUCUAUUGUGGAAGGAUCAAGCACUACUGCAGUGUCAGAGUAUAAGCCUAUUCCUGAUGUAGACUAUCUACAGGAGCUAUUGGCCAUUCAACAACAAGGGCCUCGAUCUAUUGGCUUUUUUGGGACAAGGAAUAUGGGAUUCAUGCAUCAAGAACUCAUUGAGAUCCUUAGUUAUGCUUUGGUUAUAACUAAAAAUCACAUUUAUACAUCUGGUGCUUCUGGGACUAAUGCAGCUGUUAUUAGAGGUGCUUUAAGGGCAGAGAAACCAGAGCUGCUUACAGUGAUCUUGCCUCAAAGUUUGAAAAAGCAACCAUCUGAGAGCCAGGAGUUAUUGGCCAAAGUGCAGAAUGUGAUAGAGAAGCCUCACAAUGAUCACUUACCACUCAUUGAAGCCAGCAGGUGUGCACAAACAUUUUACCUUCUAGUACAUAACUUGACACUAAGCUAUUAAUCUGUCUUGAUUUUUGCGGGACCUAUUUUUUUCUU